AUGUCAAUUAAUCCCUUAGAUAAUGAUACGAUAGAAACACUAUCAGAAACGAGUCGUUUACUUGAUGAAAAUUUCAAUAAAAAUCAAGAAACAUGGUUAGAAAAAUUUCGUAAACAACGUUUAUUAUGGAUGCUUCCAUUUAGCUUAACCUUAUCUAUAAUCAUGUCUUCAACAAUGGCUCCUUUAGUGCAGCUUAUCGUGGAAUUAGUUUGUCAAGAAUUUAAUGAAAAAAAUAAAAAUAAAAGUUUACGAUUUGGAGAUGAAUGUGAUUUACCAGAAAUUCAAGUAAAUGCAUCAAAUUAUAUAAUGUGGUAUACAACUUUAUUAAAUGUUGCAGUAACUAUAUCAACCGGAUAUUUUUCCACAUUAUCAGAUUAUUUGGGACGUAAAUUUGUAUUUAAAUUAUCAACAGUUGGUUUAAUACUUGCUUUAGCAAAUGUAUUGGUAGUAGCACAUUUUUGGAAGAUAGUGGGGAUCAAAUUUUUAUUUGUUGGUUCAGUUAUAGAAGGAUUGCUUGGAGGUGUAAUUACAAUAAAUACGGCGUGCCAUGCCUAUUUAAGUGAUUGCACGAGUUGUGAAAAUAGAAGUGUUGCGUUUAGUUUAAUGCAUGCCACUGCAUAUUGUGGUAUGUCAAUUGGGCCUACAUUGGUUUCAUUAAUUGUACCAGAAACAGUCUCUCCCAGUAUGCGUAAUCAAAAUUUUUUAAUAUCUCCACCCACUUCUAUAAAAAAUAUCUUAUCACCUUUAACUGUUUUAAGACAAAUCCCCGUUGGAAUAGAGGAAGAUAAUUGGAGAGGAAGAAAUACCUUAUAUAUUUUAGCUGUAAUUUAUUUUUUUUAUAAGGUCUCGCAAGCUGCGCAAAACGAAAUCGUAAAUUUAUAUACAAAAUAUAAAUUUCAUUGGACAUCACUAGAAAAUGGAUAUUUUUUAUCAUUACAAUCAUUUACGCGUCUUUUGGCAUUGAUCCUUCUUGUACCGUUAUUACAUCUGAUUCGAUUGCGUUAUAAUCCAACCAAUUCACGUUCAUUAGAUAUAUGGACGAUGCGAGGUGGUCUAAUAAUGGAAAUUAUAGGAUUCAUCUUAUUUGCUAUAGCUAUCAACCCUGAUUGGUUUUACUUUGCUUGUGUAAUUAAUAGUUUGGCUACCAUAACUUCCCCCGCCAUGAGGAGUUUAUUUACAACUUAUGUUUUAUCGAAUCAAUCUGGGCAAGUUUUAGGUGCUAUAAGUGUAAUAGAAAGUAUAGGAAGUAUUUUAAGUCCUUUAUGGAUGAAUCAAUUAUAUAGUUGGGGAAUUGUUAAUGGAAUAAGUGAAAUUGUAUUUUGGACUAACGGCGGAGAAAAAGGCAACAAAGUAUUUAUUGUCACAAUUGACAUUCACUAUUAG